UCUCAUUCUAUUUUUUUUUUUUUUUUUUUCCAUCCAACUUCCAACUGUUCAAUUCCGGCUUUCCAAUUCGACCGACCAUCAAACGCAGAGCAGCGCAUCACAGAGCCGAGCAUCACAGAGCCGAGUUUUGUUGGAGAAUGAAGUUUAAAAAUCUCUUCUCGAGCCCGGCAGCGGCAGGCUCAAGCUCAACCACAGCAAGCACAACCACAGCAAGCACAGCAACAAGCACAACAGCAACAAGCACAGCAACAAGCACAGCGGCAGGCGCAUCGACGCAGGGCAGCGUCGCUGGAUACUCGUCGCCGUCGAGCCAGCACGAAGCCAAUGGAGGGCACUCACCCGCUGCUGGUACCACUCAUAGCGCUGCUGCUGCUGCUGCUGCUGUUGCCACGACUGCGACGGGCGCUGCAGGGUUGAUGCCGCCGUCAGUGUCUGGGUUGGAUGCCAGUAGUCCUGGCGCCAGCGGGACGACGAGCUUGCGGGACAGCACGGCCUCGUCCUACAGCUCGUCCUCGACGAUGGCAGUGCUGCAGCUCGUCUGCGAGCGACUGGACGAGGUUGCCAUCAUCUACCAGGAGCUGGCUGCUCACCUUGCCCAGGGAUCGCUUCCGCGUCCAAAUAGUCACGCAGACCAAGCGGCGUCCAGCAAUAGUCCAAGUAACCACAACAGCUCCUCCAAGAGCAGCGGCGGCGGUCUCAGCGCACCGAGUCUGCCAUUCAAGCGGAGAACGUCUGCUGAUGCGAACGCCGCUCAUAUGGUGAGCACUAGCAAAUGGUUUGUUCCGCCACCAGAGGCCGGUGCCUUAGCCUCUCCUGCAAAUACUGCUGCUCUCACCGUACCUGCCGCCGCCGCCGCCGCCAGCACGGCUCCUACCGUCGUUCCAAAGCUCUCGUCCGACGCUUAUUCCUCUAGCUGUGUUAUGUGUCCAGAUGGCACAGUAUUAGCCCAAACGGACGUGUCCUGGGUACAGCAACGAGACGUCUUGUCCAUCAUGCACGAUCUGAAAUUCGCCUCACAACAAUUUGGCCAUGCCCUGGACGAGCCCGAGUGCCCCGUGCUGCAUUUAACUGGCUCGACAAAUAUUAUUUCUUGCUACGAGCUGAACGAAAAUUUUCUGGUUGUCAACUGCAAAAUGACUCCACAACAGUUGGAAACCUUUGAUACGAGACAAGCACAGACACUUGUGGAGCCAGUGUUGCAAGACAUCAAGCAGCUGCUUGAGCGAGCACUGCCAUCAUGAUUCUGCGCAGUGCAGUUUCUUG